AGUGCACGUUUCUCAACAACCACCAACCUGCACUGCAGCUGGCUCCUAAGUUACAGGCUUAUAUUAUCCUUUCUCUCGCCCGAUGGUCCUAUGAAUCACUGAACUAUGAAUUCCCAUUCAAACAGUACCGCUGACAAUGGCAGCUUGUUCUCCGCAGGGUACAAGUUAGCUCGUCAAUUUCUAGGUAUUCCUUCACGGGUCGUCGGACGACUACGUAAAUACGAUCAGGUUAUAAACAUGGCUCAGAACCCUCCUACCAGGACAUUGGAAUCUACUAGAACGCCUCAACCAACUGGGCCGUAUUCUGCCCAGUACCACUCGGCGGGUUCCAUAUCCUCCGUACCAGGUCCAUGGGGUUUCUUGACGUCAAGGUACUUUAUCGGGCUGUUCAUCAUGGCAUUUAUCCUCAAUCGUGUGCAAAAUAUUGUGGUUCCCCCAAGAAACCCACUGGCAUCCCAUCACCGAAUGCGCCACUUUCCCCCCGUGCGGAGAACUUCGAUCACAUCAUAUAUCCUUGCAUCCAUAUUCCCCUUAGAUUUGACCUCGUCCUUCUCUCGCCUAGUCUUCCGCGUGCCAUCCAUUUACCUCCUCGGCAAGACCCUCCUACUAUGGACGGUCGUACUUCUACAGACCGCCCAUAUGUAUCCUAAUCGAGACUGGAUUUGGUUGCAGACGAUUGGAGAAUGGGCAAAUCAGAAGUCAAUGGAUGACAUCUGCUGGUUUACAUUCACGUCGGUUUGCACUACUUUGUUCGUUGGGGCGCUCACUAGUGGCAUGGAGGGUUUGGAUGGUUCACACAACACCCCGUUCAAUCUUUUUGCAUAUUCAUUCGUACUAUAUCUCUAUACCUCCCCGGUUGUGCAGGUCGAACCUUCUCAAGGUGGAGGCCCGCUCCGGCCAGACAGGCAUGCCAUUAUUACGAUGAUCUUACCACUAUUUCAGCUCGCUAUGAUCCACUGCAUGGAGAUUCGUCAGAAAUGGGCGACGCUCAGACUGAUACCGACCACUGUCGUUGGUAUUCUCUCGCUUGCCCACUUCCACACAGUAUUUUGGCUUUACCCAGCAUCAUAUCCAUUGCCAAACUACGUGCCAAAUCUCGUGGGCUCUGCGCUGCUCGCCAUCACUUUGUUCACACUAUCGCUUAAUGCAUUCACUCAGCUGUGUCUGACAGGAAGCGUCUCAAAGCCUCUACUUGGACAUACUGCUAGUCUUAUGCCGAGGUUGGAUGAAGAUUUCACCAUGGUACUCUUCAGACUCGGAACCGCGAGUUUGGAAGCGACAAGUGUCGCUGGACUAGGUAACGAGGUUGGUGGUGUUGGUAUCACUUCUGCAUCCCACCAUCCUUUGCCUGAUGAUGAUCGCCAUGGUGUCGUUGAACUUUCUCGGAGUGGUGUGGUAUCUGUGACCCCUGGCCUCUCGGACAAUCAAUAUGAACUAAAGCAAGGUUUCUUCAAUGAGAUCACUCAGGUGAAGGCGAAUCCAACCCGGACACACCUUUUGGUCGACACUGUUAUGAAUGCGUCUUGGCGACGAGAAUUCGGGAGGUUCAUGCGAGCUCUUUGGCAUGUCAUUAAAGGAACCUGGCUAUCUCUCACAUCCAGGAGGAACACUGUACCAUCGAGUCCCGGUACGGUCGAUGAAGAUGAUGACACGGAAGAAUCCGAUAAAGAGGUGUAUGACAAGUUCUUGCGAGGAGAGAUAAUGAGCGAUGGCGAGGAUGAAGCGUAUGAGCCAGAUCUAGGCCAGAUUUCGGACGACGAAGAACAGGAUCCCGAUGAAUCGUCAUCUGGUGACGGGCCAGAGAUAGCCAGUCUAUAUGCAGACCUCUCGGAUGCAGCUUCUACGUCUUCCGCCGCACCAGUUCUCCUCGCCCAUAUGACGAAUGCAUCGUCUUCACCUCUCACUCGGCGACGAUACACCUCACUUGUGAACAUCCCCACACAAGCCGGACCACAGCCAUAUGAUACCAAUAACGAGGAUGACUGGGAUACCUUUGUUCGAGCCCGGAGGGAAAAUACCCAGCGAAGACUGAGUUCGAAUGGAAAUGACGAUGGCGCGAUAAUGCGUAGCUGUGUCGUAUGUACCGUCGAACCCAGAGAGAUCAUAUGCUGGCCUUGCCGUUGUCUGGCGCUUUGCGAUGAUUGUCGGGAAAAUAUGGCCUCUCGAUCUGCGGCAUCUAAACAUAGUUGUCCGUGCUGCAGACGGAACGUUGAGGGAUAUUCGAGGAUAUAUAUUCCAUAAUUGAAAUUGUAUACGUUGUAUUGGAUUAAGGUCAGCCUGGAGGAGUGUAUUUAUACUGUUUUCUGUGUUGGUGCUGUGGAUUUGUUUAAUCCGUUCAACGCUACCUUCCUGAUUCGUGUUCAAACGGUAAAACGCUGGUCCUGUGGCAUCGCCACAGCACAUGCGAAUGGAAUCUACGUUGUGGCUAUAUCGGCGGACGAACACGUACAAUCUAAAGAGGGCGACUUCCAUAUCUCGGCAUGCUCUCAGCCUUUCUCGCCAGGAAGAGUAGAACAGCCUCAGGUGAUCCGGUAGUACAGUGUCAUCUGGUCUUGCUUACUCUCAUCGGCUAACUAUGCCAUUCUGGAACUCUAUAUAUAAGAGGAACGUAGUAUGCUCUUGCAACUCACCUCAAUCAUCUUGUCUC